AUGAAACUGUUGUGGAGGUCAGAGUGGCCUUUGCAGGUGGCCUUCCUCGUUGCCGUGGUGAUGCUCUACAUUGACCCCGUGUCCACUGGCAACCGUAACCAUCGGGGACCGACAGUUGCGUACCAGGUGAAGCAGGGCACGUGUGAAGUGGUGGCUGUGCAUCGCUGCUGUAAUAAGAACAAGAUUGAAGAGCGCUCCCAGACCGUCAAGUGCUCAUGCUUCCCCGGACAGGUCGCCGGUACCACCAGAGCCAGGCCCUCCUGUGUGGAAGCCUCCAUUGUAGCGCAGAAGUGGUGGUGCCAGAUGGAGCCGUGCAUGGACGGUGAGGAGUGUAAAGUCCUGCCCGAUCUGACUGGCUGGUCCUGCAGCGGCAACAAGGUCAAGACCACCAAGAACCGCAGUUUAUCAUCCCACCUGCCCACUGCCGCAUUGUCCAGUCCUGCGCUCGCAAAGGGCUUUCAAAAUGUGUCCUGCGUCGCACUGUUUUGCAUCAGGUCCCGCGGGGCAGGGCUCUAG